AUAACAAUUCAAUAAAAUUGAUUAAGACAAUGUGAAUAGUGAUUAUAUGAGUUCAGGUGUGUUUAAUAAUGUCAUUAUUUGAUAAUAAUAUAUUGAACUGAAAAAUGAUUAAACUUAAAUCGUUAUUGAAUUUUUAUUCCGACUUCUAUUUCAUUACAAGGAGUACAGCAUGCAAGUUUUCAACAUGCACACCACACCGACAGCUGAAGUCUUGGAAAGAAAUUCCAGGACCUUCUUCAGUCCCUGUCAUCGGACAAUUACACCACUUUCUUCCUGGAGGUUCUCUACAUAACUGCACAGGCUUCGAGUUUCAGGAUAAGCUGUAUACAAAUUAUGGACCGAUAGUGAAAUUGGAUCGAAUAUUCGCCGGGCGACCGGGAAUAUUUGUGUACGAUCUCGAUUCUGUAGCGCAGGUUCUCAGAGGUGAAAAUUGGUUGCCGGUACGACCAGGUUUUCAAAUAUUAUAUUAUUAUAGAAAUUUUUACAAUCAACCUAAAGGUGGCGCUACACAACCAACUGGAUUAAUUAGUGAUCAUGGUGAAAAAUGGAAACAGAUUCGGUCAAUGGUAAAUCCAAUUGUAAUGCAACCAAACGUUGUAAAUCUAUACAGUAAAAUAAGUGAAGAGGUAUCUGAGGAUUUAAUAAAAAGGUUACGAUUAUUGCGAGACGAAAACAACAUGAUAAAAGAUAAUUUUGAUUAUCAAAUGAACCUGUGGGCUCUCGAAUCUGUGAGUGCUAUUGCACUCGGGGAACGUCUUAAUGCUCUCGAUGAAAAUUUAUCUGAAGACUCACCAGCGAAGAAGUUAAUCAAUUAUGUCCAUGAGUUCUUUGCUAUUGCGGAGGAUUUAGAUUACAAACCAAGCCUUUGGAGAUACAUAUCCACACCAGCUUAUAGACGGGCUAUGAAAGUAUUUAGUAGCAUCGAUGAAAUCACUUUAAGUUUUGUAAAAAAAGCAAGAGAGAAGUUGAAAAACGACAUCGAAAAACCGGAUGAACUUAAAAGUGUGCUUGAAAAACUUUUGGAAAUUGAUGAGAGGAUUGCUCUAAUAAUGGCCAGCGAUUUGCUUUUCACAGGCGUCGAUACGGUUGGUAACACAAUGAGCGCAACACUAUAUCUUCUAGCAAGCAAUCCAGAAAAACAAAGAAUAUUACGUGAAGAAGUUAUGUCCAGGGAUGAGAAGAAAACUUAUCUUAAAGCUUGUAUUAAGGAAUCUUUUAGAGUAAUGCCCGUAACAGGAGGUAAUGGCAGACUUACAACAAGAGAGUAUAAUCUUCUUGGAUACCAAGUCCCAAAAGACAUGUUCAUGGUGUUUCCCCAUCAGUACUUUUCUAAAAUGGAAGAUCAGUUUCCAAGAGCUAAUGAAUUUAUACCCGAACGUUGGAUAGUUGAUAAAGAUGAUCCUCUUUACCACGGCCACGCUCAUCCCUUCGCGUACAGUCCCUUCGGUUUCGGAGCUCGCAUUUGUAUUGGUCGCCGUAUAGCGGACUUGGAGUUAGAGACAUUGAUUAGCAAAAUGGUGGAAAACUUCCAGAUUGAUUGGGUCGGCCCUCCGCCGACUAUGUACCAAUGUUCACUGAAUUACUUCAAAGGACCGUUUAACUUCGUAUUCAAUGACAUCAAAUAAGGUGGACUAGAAUAAAGUUAUUAAGGAUA